CGCAGUAGUCACGGGACGGCGGACGCUGUGAAUGGUAGUGCACGGCGGCGUGGAUAGAGAGGUGCUAGGAGAUGGCGGAGGUGAAAGUAAAGCAGGAGGGAGCAGAGGCCGCAGAGAUAGAGAACAGGAUUAUUGAGCUCUGUCAGCAGUUCCCUCACGGGAUCACCGAUCAAGUUAUCCAAAAUGAGAUGCCGAAUAUGGAAGCGAAGCAGAGAGCGAUGGCGAUUAACCGCUUGCUGUCCACUGGUCAGUUGGAUCUGCUUAGAAGUGGUACCGGUCUUUUGUACAGGCUGAAGGACGCACAAACCGCUAGUAAAAUGAAAGGUUCUGACAACCAGGAAAAGUUAGUAUAUCAGAUUAUUGAAGAUGCUGGCAAUAAAGGAAUAUGGAGCAGAGAUAUACGAUACAAAAGUAAUCUUCCACUUACUGAGAUCAACAAGAUCCUGAAGAACAUGGAAAGCAAGAAACUCAUCAAAGCUGUCAAGUCAGUGGCGGCUUCAAAAAAGAAGGUGUACAUGCUCUAUAACGUACAGCCUGACCGUUCGGUGACCGGCGGAGCAUGGUACAGUGACCAAGACUUUGAAUCCGAAUUUGUAGAAGUAUUAAACCAACAGUGUUUUAAAUUCUUGCAAACCAAGGCAGAAGCGGCGAGGGACAGUAAGCAGAACCCCAUGAUCCAGAGGAACAGCUCCUUUGGCUCAUCACAUGAAGUUUGGAAAUAUAUCUGUGAACUUGGCAUUAGUAAGGUUGAACUAUCAAUGGAAGAUAUAGAAACCAUCCUGAACACAUUAAUUUAUGACGGGAAAGUAGAGAUGACCAUAAUUGCUGCUAAAGAGGGGACAGUGGGCAGUGUAGAUGGACAGAUGAAGCUAUAUAGGGCGGUGAACCCAAUCAUACAGCCAGCAGGCUUAGUGCGUACUCCCUGCGGUCUGUGCCCGGUAUUUCAUGAUUGUCAUGAAGGUGGUGAAAUCUCUCCCUCUAACUGCAUAUACAUGACAGAGUGGCUGGAAUAUUAAUGAAGUCUGCUUAUGAAAGUAUAGCGGUAUAUUGCAGGAUGGUCGUCAUGGAUGGAACAUUAGACUGGACAGACUGUGCUAAAUAUAUUUAUUUUAAGAUUUUAUUAUAUUUGGUAUUUGAUGAAGAAGGUCUUGGCAGAGGAGCAACAAGGUUUUAUUUAAAUCAUUCCAUUCCUUAUUUAUAACUUGUCAGAAUGUUAUGAUGGGAAGAAUAAUGCAAAAUAAUUCCUUAAAUCUUAUUUGCAAAGCAGAUGCCUCAUUGCUUGUUAGAUAAGUGUUAAUAAAUUUACCUUAUAUG